UUCGGGCGGGCCACUCGGUUCGCUCAUUCGAUAUCGGACACACUCGUUCAUUCUCUGCGCAUGGCAACUUUCUUCGACCGCUAGUACGCAUGCGCGAAUCGUGUCAAACGGUGACGGUGCGGCUCUCACUAACCUAACCUCUCACUUUUAUUUAUUGUGAAAACAACAAAAUAAUCUGUUAAAAUGCAGACCGAUUUUUACGGAAUGCCCGUACAUCCUACGAUUGUGGCCUUAGGCAAUCUGAGUGCGUGUUUAUUUUUUUUUUAUAUGUGUUGUAGAGCGUUUUUCGUUCCAUUCUAUACCUAUAUUAUUGCUCCUAAGUUUCACAGAGUGAAUUUUAAAGCAUACGGAAAAUGGGCACUGGUUACGGGCUGCACCGAUGGCAUCGGCAAGGAGUACGCUAGACAGUUGGCCGCUGCGGGCUGUGAUAUCGUUCUAGUCAGCCGUUCUAUGGAGAAACUGCAGGCAACUGCUCAGGAAAUAGAGAAAGAAUUCAACGUCUCCACGAAGAUCAUCCAAGUGGACUUCACUGCUGGUGAGGAGAUAUACGAGACGAUUGCUAAGGAAAUUGUCGGUCUGGAGAUUGGGACCCUUGUGAACAAUGUCGGCAUCUCCUACUCCUACCCUGAAUUCUUCCUGGACUUGGUUGAAAUGAACAAACUCUUCGAAAAGCUGUUGAAGGCGAACAUCGUAUCGGUGACUCGUAUGACCCACAUGGUGCUGCCAGCCAUGGUGGCCAGGGAGAGGGGUGUCGUCAUCAACAUCGGAUCCGCUUCAUCCAUGAUCCCCAGUCCUAUGUUGACUGUUUAUGCUGCUACUAAGGCUUACGUCGACAAGUUCACUGAGGGUUUAGACAUGGAAUACUACAAGAAGAACAUUCUAUUCCAAUGCGUCAUGCCUGGAUUCGUCUGUUCCAACAUGUCAGGUAUCCGUAGGAGCUCUCUCUUCGCUCCCAGCGCCAAAGACUUCGUCAGAUCUGCCCUCAGCCUCGUCGCCGUCGAAAAGAGGACUCCAGGCUACUAUCCUCAUGAGUUCUUCGUAGACUGCCUGAAUUUCAUAUCAUCAGCUUCUUACCACUUUGGAGUAUGGAUCGUCACCCGGUCCAUGCAAAACAGCCGUCUGAAAUGCCUGAAGAAAAUGAAACGACAGUAAAUUGUAUUUUGUUACUGGUAUUUUUGGGGGUCUCUUACUCUUAUUCCGAUUACUCUAAAGUCUAACGCUUUUCUCUUAUGCUUUUAUCUGUCAUCAUAAAGUCGAGGAUACACUAUGGGAACGAAUAUCCUAUGACAUGCAUCGGCGUUAUGUCAAACAGCGUCUGAUUUCACUGGACUUAUGUCACUAAGCGACGUUGAUGUUGCCAAACAUGUGGUCCAGCAACGUCGCGCUACGUCACCCAAUGUCCCCGGCGACACGUGUCGCAAGACAUUUGUCCUCUAGUGUAUCCUCGGCUUAAUUGAUAUAGUGUAUAGUGACGUGACGUUCUAUAACCAGUAGUGACGUAACGUCACGUCAUAGGUGAAUUUCAAUUGUUUCUAUGCUUUUUCUUGCGCUGUAUUUAAUGGCAAUCUGCGAUUUGGAAGUUUCUAGUCAAAACUUCAACUCGACAGACUGUCGGUAAAACUGUUUUAACCAAAGAUACUUAUUUGAAAUAAAGUAGUCAAUUUCAUUAUAUUGUGCAUUAGUGUCCGACUUAGGGUUGGAUAUUAGAUAUUCAACAUUCAAUGUUUAUAAUUGUCAGUCAUAUUUAGUUGUAAGAAUGACAGUACUUGGAAUGGUACGAAAUAAAGUAUGGUUUAAUGAUGAUGUGAUUAUGAAAUUCGAAAUUUCGUCGACUGUAUAUUCGACUGUGCUGUUUUGUACAGUUUUGGCAUGUUGGAUUGGCAGGGAAUGUAUAUUUAAUAAAAUUGGUAUUAAAUGUG